AGAGCUAAACAUGAAUUCCAUGAAUUAUCUUAAAAUUUAUCGCUAUAGCUUUGGCCGUAAGCGAGGUAGUAUUUUCCUGAACGAAAUGGAUUUAUCAUUUGUUGUAAAUGUCAAGGCGGAAAGCAAAAUAACGGCUCACAUUCAUCUUAUUCCAAUUUUGUUGUAACACCAGUUGACGUAGUUCCUUCCCUAUUACGGUAGCAGCCCAUUUAGCUAAAACCUUAGGUUUCAAACCCAGGAAGGUUCCCCGCCAGACACGCAAUCCAAACUAAACUUAAAGUUAAAAGCCACAGAAAACCGCUAAAAAGCUAUUUUUCCCAAUUUACGAAGUUCAUGAAGCUUCCGAUUGACGUUUAUCAAUGAAAGUAUCCCUCAAGAAUCACGGAGCUGUUAGCGAUCGUGAUUGUCAUGAUUCAUGAUAGAAUAACGAAGCACGAAAAUGACGUUCACUUCCCCUAGUAAAUGGAUCCCGGCUUAUUCUAAAUGAGGUCCAUGUGCUUAUGCUACUUAUCAAGAUCGGUAUCUAAUAAUUUAUACUGCACUCAUAUUUUUAUGGACUUCUUGAGUUGCGAAUUUCCGUGGAGGGAUUUGCUUAAAGUGGUUAUUUAAUUUCCGAGCUCGUAAUUGGUCAAGUGAACUCACUAAUCCAUGGUUUUGCGGCGUGUGUUUGCUGUAUUUCAAUCAGGUACUUAACCCGGGUCUUGUUACCGCCAGCUUCGGGGGUUAGACCCCAAGGCAAGACAUUACCUGAUCCGCAAGAAUUCUUAGUUUUGCAUAAACACACGUAAGCAGAAGAAAAACCGCAAGCGGCCUUCGCCUUUCAACGAGGAAGCCGGCGAACACGCUAAAUAGCCCGCGAAUCUACUCGGUCAACAUGAUGAUAGUCUGCGCAGGGGUUUGGAAAACCGGGACGAAAUCUCUAACAAAAGCACUCCGAAUUCUCGGCUAUAGAGUCUAUGAUUUAGAUGAACAGUUCCAGUGCUUCAUGAGCGAAUGGGAGAGCUUGAUUUACCGCGAUAAAACACCGGACUUCAAGCGCAUGUUUCGAAACGUAGACGCGGUCGUCGAUGCGCCGUCCAGCGCGUUUUUGGAAACAGUUCUGGUGGAUUUUCCCGACGCGCUGGUGAUCCUAACGACGCGCGAGGCGGACGACUGGUCAAAGAGCAUGGACCGGCAUUUGGAAGAGAUGGAGAGUUCCUGGUUGCACAGGCUCGGGUUUUUAUCCCGGACUCAGCGUAGAAUCAAGCCUCUCCUAGACGCCUGUUAUACCGCCCUGCUAGGGACCCUACCCGCCUCAGCAGGAAGCGCGAUUCGUCGGGUUCGCUUUCAGCGGCACGCGGAACACGUCAAGGCGGUUGUGCCUAGCGAAAGACUGCUCGUGUUCGACGUGAAGGAGGGGUGGGGGGCCCUGUGUGAUUUUCUAGGGACGAAGCCUCCCCGCGACGAGCCGUUCCCUCAUGUCAAUAAAGACGACGAUGCUCUACAUACCUUUCAGUCGGAGACUCAGCUUGGCAAGGAAAUCACAAGCGAGAUUAGUCGCGCCGUAUUGUGGAUUGUAGCAAUUCUGGUGAUUGUCUUAGCGACACUAUUCGGCUGUUUGAGAGCAUGAGGCCGCCACAGGAGGCCCGUGCUUUGUAAUCGCUAUCUCUUUUCGCGUCUGCCAGCUGAAAAAUGAUAGCGCGUAUCCAUUUUCAUCAGAAAACUUUAAUGAUGAAAUUAUGGCUGAUAAUCGAACGUCAUUUAUAUUUGCAUUUUGAAUUUUUGAUAUUUUGUAUGGGAAUUAAGUUUUUUUUUUACUUUUGUUAUUUGCAAAUAUGAAAGAACGUGAGAGUUUUUAGUGAGGGUUCAUUCGUAAACCAACAAGGAUGCGAGAAACGUUACAUUCUCACUACCAAACCAGUGAAGCAAUUUUAAACCUUUGUGGUCACGAUAGCGCACGUCGCACUACCGCAUCUCUGUCCAGGAUUAUCAUUUUAAGUGAUUGCCAUAAAAAACCGCCUCGGCUUUUGUGAGGGAGAAGGCUGAUUGAUUGAUUACUUGAGCUAACUUUAAGUGUGAAUAAAGGUGAUAAUUGAGAUGUAACAAAGAUUAAUAAAGUAAAGAAUAUGUUGACCUUUUA